GCGAGUGUCGCUGCCGAAAGGAAAGUAGUAGGCUGUUAUCUUUUUAUUAUGUAUUUUUAAUGCGGGGCAAGCUAUGGCAUAUAUUCUUUACACACUUAAAAUAAAAGAUCUGCAGGAGCUUGAGUCGCACUUUGUUGGUGCACGCACUGUGAAGGCUUGGUUUAUUGGUCCAGAGCUGCACGGUGUCGAACUCUGACGCAGCCGGAGCACCUAUCCGCGAGGGGGACACUGACACCUGACAGCUCCAUCUCUCCACACGCCGGUCUUUUUAUCACGACCACUUUGGAUCUGCAGUGCAGAAACUGUGUUUUAUGGAAGCAGAGUCUGUGCAUCCUGUCGUGGUCAUGCUGCCCCCAAAGAACUGCCUGCCGAGGAACUACAGCUGCAUAGCCGGACUGUUUGGAAGCCUGGCAGCGGCAAACCCGCGGCUUGAUGAUGGGGAAGAUUUUGACAUGAUCAACGAUAACUGUCUACCUACCGAGAGCCCGGUGGUGGAAGAGAGACCACGGGGAAGAGAGAUCUGCCUGAAGCCUCCACAGAGUCCAAAUCUGCGUCGGAGAUGCAAGUCUCUGCCCACACCCACAGAGAGGGCCAAGUUAGAGAUCUCCCGCAGCCGGAGUCCAACCAGUCAGAAAAAGGUUCGGUUCGCCGACUCCCUGGGCUUGGAGCUCAUUUCAGUCAAGCAUUUCGAUGAUACAGAUGAGCCAGAUGUGCCUGAGCGCAUUUUGGCCAAAUUACCCAAAGGACACCUGCACCUUACUCAUUUGGACACAAAGUUCCCACGUACUCCUGCGCAGCCUGUGUUCAUGGAGUUGCAAUUCACCAACCCAGGCACACUACCCGACUUUGAGCUGAGAGUGAGGGAGGUGAGAGUCUUGUUAGAGACAGUGGAGGCAGAUGAAUACAACCUUUCCGGGGUUGUGCGCGUGUUAAACCUGGCUUUUGAAAAGAGCGUCUCUUUGCGGUAUUCCCUUAACAACUGGAUAACAUUUAUGGACAGUCUGGCUUCCUACGUCCCUGAGUCAAGCAACGGCGACACCGAUAAGUUCCGUUUCAAGAUCGUCAUGCCUACUUACCUAGACAACGGAGGCACGUUUCAGUUUGCAAUUAAAUACUGCGUCGGAGGACAAGAGUUCUGGGACAAUAAUAAUGGGAACAACUACAAAGUGCGGCGUCACCGGCUCAAGAUGUCCCCUCCACGAGAAUGGGAGAAUGGAUGGAUUCAUUUUAUUUGAGCUUUGUUGUCUUAAGUGGCACACUGCGUGCGUAAUUUGCGCGUAUCUGAUCCGUGGAAACCUUAAGUAUGACUGUAGCUCUAAAAUGUUUUUUUUUUUCUGCCAUUGCCAGCUACAUGCUGUGACACUCAAAAUUCUACCACAAUAAUUCAAAUUUUAGUCCCGCUGCGAAGACUACAGCAUAAGCCUUUGAUAGGUGCCUGGGGAUGCUCUUUGAUAAUUUGCCUUGAUGCCAGGGCUCUCUGUAUAGCUUGGUGCCCUUUGGGAGGGCAUGUCCACGUUAUGUAAUAUAGAAACACGUGCCACGGAAAAACGUGCCAGGCAAUGCCGAGUCAAGGCAUCGCUGUUCCUGUUAGGAGAAGCUGUGAAAUGGUUGGUGGCACGGAGCUGUUUGAGUUAGUUUGCUUUGCAUGCGCGCGUGCAUUCAUAACGGAUUGAUGAGAAGCAGAAAGCAUCGCAUCUUGGCUGAUAUGGAUGCCAAGAUAACCUAGUGCAUACUCCUUCAUUCUCCUGCAGGCUGGGAGAAACACACCCACAAUGUCUUACUUGACAGACAGAAAGAAGUGGCAUGUUGUUUGAUUGAAACAUUCAAUGUAUAAUUUCCCACCGUCAUGCCAUGGAAAAAUGCCUUAUUUUAAGCCGUGAUUUGGGAAGUUGUGCAUUGAAUAUUGUACAGUAUUUUCUUCAUCAGGCUUGAAAGCAUUAGAUUACAUUUUAAAAUAAGGCCCUUCAGGCACUGGGAAUCAUUCAGUGUCCAUAUGCCUGUAGGCUUUCAAUCCAGGGACACCAUACUUAGUCAUAAACCAGCAGCAUUUGCAUCUAUCCAACACCCAACUUUUUUUUUCUCCCAGAUUCCGAAAAUCAAGACACCCUUACCAAAGUUCAAGACUAUUAAAAAGUUUUCUUUAAUGAUUAAACCCUUUACAGUAUUCCAUCAAAUCAUAAAAGCUGUGUUUAUAAAGGAUGCAUUUCAGUUAUCUCAUGCUGUACUGUGAUCAGAAUGAAACACUUGAUUGUGGUUUUUGUACCACCAAGAAAAAAAAGUAGCAAUGUUUGCAAUGUCAAAUUUACCUCAUUACUAGCAGACCUUUCUCUUGUACUUCAGGUAGACCGUUUUAAAACAGAUGUUAUUUUCACAGGAAUUAUUUUACAAUGGAUGCAUUCAAUCAGAACAAAAAUUAUUGCUAAUUUGCCGAUUCAAAACACAAUGUGUAAUCAUUUUUAAUGUUCUUGAUCGUACUGUGUAACUCUGUUUUCUUCAGGCAGUGUUGUUUAUAGACAAAGUAGCUAUUGCACGGAUGGCUGUAUUUAUAGGGCUUUAAAGGAACAUGAUAAUAUCCUCAUUCGCCACUGUGCAAGAAUAGAGCAGCUCCUUAAACCCCAAAUAUUUUUAACCUCCUGAGCCUCAUAUUUCCAUCGUUAGAUGACAAACUGUAAUCACAUUACUUAAUUUACAAACCAUAUGCAUAGAUUGAUGUUAAACAACAAGUCUGAUAUCUUCAUACAACAGCUUAUGCGACAUCCAUACAUUUUAUAUCGGGUAAUCUUCCAAACCAUUUGUGAUAAUGUACUCUGUGGCAAACAGGCUAUAAUAUGUCACAGUCAUAUAAGUUGAUUUGAAAAUAUAAAUAUUCAUCAUGCUGUUUUUCAGGUGUAUGAUAUUAACAUUUUUAGUGUAGAACCCGUGAUCUCAGUUCAGCAAGUAGAGAAACAACAGACGGGAUGCUUUUAAUUCCAGUGCUCUGACUGUAAUCUGAACAACACUUUGUCCAGUGUUUACAUCAUUGUGGUGUCAGAGGGAAGCUUUCCUUUAAUGAGGCCAUCAUGUUGGGAUGUGGAUAAAGACUCUUCCUGUAACCACUUAGUUUUUUGGAGCAGGUCCACUGUGUUUCCAUCAGUGGUGUUUGUCUAUAAAUCCAACACUGUUUCUAAAGCUAUACCUGAUGUUGUUAGAAUAGUUUUGCUGAAGUGAGAGAUGGCCAGCACUGAGCUCAUAUUUGCUCACUCUGCUUUUAUCACAUGUAGACCUGCUUUUUAAAAUUUGUUUAUUUAAAUACACUGUGGAUAUAAAGAUCUGGCCUCGGCAGAUCUUACUGUGCUAUAUUUUUUAAUCAGUCUGUAUUUGCUUAUUGUCUGCUUUGGCCUGUGUAAACUUUGUUCAAGCAUUGAUGCUGUGCAAUACCAGAAAGCAUUAAUUAUCCAGUCUGACGUGGGUACUGAGAUGCAUCAAUACCAAUUAAUUACUGCCAAAACAGAUUGUGUUUUUUAGGUUUUAACAUUGGGUUUUAACAAGUCCUGAAAAUAUUUGCUCUGCCAAUCAGUUUGAGAUUACUUGACAUAGAUGACUGUCAGAAUAUGAUGCUUUCUCCAUUUUUCAUCACAUGUGACUCCAAAAGUGUGGAAACUGUAGGAUAGCGGUGUCCAGUUUUAGCCUGGUUUCUCCCACACUGCUGUUGUUAUUGGUGCAUCCCUACCAUAAAGUAAAUGAAGGGCUUCUGGUCUAAUUAAAUGUUCACCUCAAUGUCAACGUAACAUUUUGCAUCAGAUCUCACUGAUAUUUAAAUAUGUAUGUAAAUGUGUUGAUGUUUCAUAUUGAAUGUCUUCCUGUUAUUAUUCUAUGUUGUGUGUAUUUUGAAGCAUUUGAAAGCAGUAUUGAGGGAAGCGAGAGGUACAAGUCUGUGAAGUUGGAAAAUAACAUAUGAGCCCAACCAAAUUCCUAAAGCACACUUACUGUUAGAUUGAAUUAUCUAACCUUUCUUUAAUAUAAGUUAAAAUAAAGCUCUUGUAAUAUUGGUUUUACCAAUAACUGCAAUAAUUUGUCUCAAAAGGAUGUUGCAAUAUAUCAGAAGGAUAUUGCAGAAUUUCCCUAAAUAGGUUCCAAAAUGUGAGCAGUGUAUCUGAAUGAAAUGAAUACUUCGGAAACCCAUGUGCACAAAUAUAGGUGUACAAUGCCUUAUUAAAACGUUUACUGAGAGACAUGAAGCCAGAUGGAAGAAUGCAGGUGCUUGGUUGUCAAGGAAUAAUGUGAUUUCUGUUGGGUGGAAACAUGUGCAAUGUAGACAAUGAAAAAGCGACAAAUCUGUGCAAGAAACGUAAUGGAAGAUGUGCUUUGAUAGUAGAAACGUUUUGGAAUGACUUAUGAUUGUAGCUGACACUGAGCAGACUUUGUCAAAGCAGGUGCAAUGUACUUUGAGUGAGAACAAGGAAAGGAUUAUGGUUGGAGGUCACUAUACAUUGUAAAUGACAUAUUCUCCUGUGAAUAGCUACUAACCAAGAUGUUUUCCAUUCUUCUGCUCUUUUCUCUCACUGUGGAAAGCCUAAAUCAUGUCUGUUUGAUUUAUAACCACUGUAUGACGUUGAAUUUAUUUCAGUGUUGUUUCAGUUCUGUGUAUUCUAUGCAACCACUUCUCUUUGUAACAACUGCAGUCAUUUGACUGUGUUAAUCUAUAUUGUGAGCUGUUUUUUUAUUUGAUCUCUUGCAGUGAACUUUAACAUUAACCAUGUUUGCAUGAACAGCUGUGACACAUUUAUUUACAUUUAAUGUUUAGUUUUUUAAUGUUACCUAUAUUUUGUUAUACCAAUGGUUAAUAAAGGCAUUUGUGAUGGAAACAAA